GUGGGCUGCAAUAGCUUCUUAUCUCCCACAAAGAACCGACAAUGAUGUCAAGAAUUACUGGAAUACCCAUCUAAAGAAAAAACUCGGACACAUCCUUCAAGACAAUGAUAAUGUAAACAAUCAAAACCAAGAAACCUCAAUAAUCUCACUCUCACCAAGAUCUAAUCAUUAUCCAAACAUGUCCAAUAAGGGUAGAUGGGAAAGAAGACUUCAAACCGAUAUUCACAAAGCCAAACAAGCCCUAAGUGAAGCUUUAUCACUUCAUAAUCAACCAUCAUCCUCUACACAAGAACCAAUCAUAUUACUCUCAUCACCUCCGCCGUCGCCGUCGCCGCCGUUGGCCAGUUCAUACUUAACCAGUGCCGAAAACAUAGCAAAACUCCUCCCAAAUUGGAUGAAAAAGAAAAAUAAGAACGACCCACCAUCUUUAUCACAAACAAGUUCCGAUGCAACUGCUCAUAGCUCCGUUAAUAGCCAUGGAAAAUGGUCAAACCCAUCGGAGCAAGAAGCUGGGUUUGGAUCUAAUCAUAAGUAUUCGUAUUCAUAUUCAUAUUCUAGGUUUAAUUCGUCUUCGAGUUGUGAUGGGGAUGAUCGUGAUCAUGAUCAUGAUCAGACGGCUGCGAAUUAUGAUGGAGAACGUAGUCAUCAACAAGUGUCUUUACUUCCAACGGAGAAAUGGUUUCUUGAUCAUCAUCAUGAUGGUGGAACGGACGGACAUGAUCUUCUAAUGGGGGAGAUGUCUUUUGGGGAGACUAAUCAUGGUUUGUUUGAAUCUUUUAAGUAGAGACACAAGUGUUUGAACUAAUUAAUAAUGCCUUUGAUUUUUAAUAAUUCUAAGUUAUAAUAAGUAUACCAAAUUUUUAGGUUUUGUUUAAUAAUAAGAGGGAAAUUGCUCUAUCCAUAAUAUAUACAUUUGCACUUUUA